AUGUUUCUGAGAACGAUUCUAUUCACCUGCUUUAUCGUUUAUGGCUACGCCUCGACUUCCUUCGAUCUAACGGCAGCGAUGUCGAGCGGCGACAUCGAUAAGAUCAAGUUGUUUUGCAAAAACUUCGAUGCCGGGUUCACUAGCAUGAGCUUGAGUGCAGAGGAGAAGAAGAAAGCUGGGUUUGUCAAGGACACACUCUGCACCGAUGCCUAUCUGGAUUCCGUCCAAGAAGUUGCCCCACUGGUCAAAUGCUCUCAGCAGGCUGCCAUCAAGCUGGAAUUGACGACGACGUGUGGGAGUAUCGAUGCUGAGACGAGUUGCAGCGAUCUGGGCAAAUGGUCAAAGUGUCAAGAUGGCAUUCUGACGAAACGUUGCGAUAACGUUCCAAAUGUGGCCGCGCUGAUCGCCAAAUCGAACGAGGCUACUUUCUCGCAAUCGCAAAAGGGUGAGUGUAUGAAAGAGGUGGCGGCGGCCGCGAGUGGCAAAAAA